AUGUGAAAACUAAACCACAUAAUUCAAAAACGCAUUAAAUGUAGAAUACACUUAUCAAAGUCAUAUGAGGGUUAAAGACUUAUAGCCAAUUCAAAAACGCACAAGAUGAAGAAUACACUUCAUCGAAGACAACUAUACCUUGCCAUCACCAAUGACUGCCACAAUAUCAAUGGUAUAGACUUCAUUAUUUUGAGACUCAGCACUGAUCGUGUUUGUAUGCAGUUUGGUCUUCAAAGAAGCAAUAACAGACAGUUUAAGAUCAGACGUCCCACGGGCCGAUCCGCGGAGGCCUCCUAAUAUUGCGGUACGGGUUUGGUCAGUUUUUCUGAGGACCGCAGUCCACGCGGAAUAGAUCCACUGUGAUCCGCUUGAAGAUGAACUCACUGUGGUUCGGGACGAGAUGAGACGAGCCCAAUUGCCAUCUCUAUGCCCACCCUUGUUGGAAAUAUGAGGCAGCCUUAGCCCCUAUUUUUCAAUUAUAAUUUAGGGCCCCAAAUUUACUAAAUAUGCAUUCACUUAUGUUUUUAUGGAAUCCACGAUAAACAAGUUUUAUGAAAUAUUGUUAAAAGUAACUAUGUUAAGGUAUAUAUUCCAUAAAAAUAUAUGUUUCUUUAUAAUUUUACAAAAAAAAAAACUUUUUAGAUUUCAUUUAUCGAUUUUGUUGUAUGCACUCUUUCUUAACUCAUUAAUUUAAAAUUUACAUCAUACUUUCAUAAAAAUAGUUUUAUGAUUUAUACUACUUUUUUCUUUUACUUCUUUGUUUGUUUGUUAAAGGGCUUAUGAUUUACACAAGUUGCAGAAGGAUUAAUAAAAUUUGUCACGUUAUUCUUGCCUUAGGCCCCUCAAAUGGUAGGCACGGCACUGAGCAAAUGCAUCACACACGGAAAAUACAACACGAACCGCGAUAGUGCAAUCCGAAUGGUGACUGCGGUUUGAGCGGUGCGGAACGAGCGGUUUAACUGCGGUGCGGUUUUAACAGUUAUAAAAAUGUAUAGAUAUAUAGUAUAUGUAGAGAUUUUUGUUACUGUUAACUGUGGGGCGGAGCGGGACGAUGGUCACCAUUCGAAGCAAUAUAUAACUCUACAGAAUACAAAAAGAAACGUAAUCGUAUUAGAAUUUAGAAACAGUAAGGGUGAAACGUAAACGUAGUCAAAGUAUAAUAAGCGCCAUGAGAAAACAAGGCGUACGUUACUCUCUAUAACGCUUUAUUUAAUGUUCUAGUUAUUUGUAUGUAUUCCAAAUUGUUUAACCACACAAAUUUUUUUUUUUAAAAAGCGUUUUAAUUGCUAAUUAAGUUGACUAAUAUGCACCUAAAUUACAUUACAAUUUUAUAAUAUUCAAUAACGACCGACGAAAGUGUAUCUUGCAACUGAAAAAAAGUUGUCUUCUUUUGAAUUGUGAGAAUCGAAAAAGUUUUCUUGUUUUCAUCAAAAGCUUAUAGCAAUAUACUAUAAAUACUAAUAAUUAGCAAAUAGGAAGCUAUGAUUAAAGAUGGGAUUCUGGGAUUUCCCUUUCAUGCAAAAGGCGUUACGGUUUGAACGACUAGUAGAUGGGGAUGUAAGUAGAAGGAAGAAGAAACCAUCUUGGUUAAAUCCGGUUUCUCACGGAUGCUAUACCAUCGACCGGUUAAGCUAUAUCCACCGUUCACCGAGUGCAGAUUCGGUUACAGUACAGAGAGAGCAAUUACAGAGUGAAGAAGAUCUUGAAGUUUGGUUCUUUGCAGUGUCAGAUGCUGGAACUGGGAGAGAGAUUAUCAAGUAUAUGCAGAACCAUAUCUUCGAUAAGCUCCACAACGAGCAAGGAGUUUUGAGAAAAUGUAAAGAGAUUAUGAGAAGAGCGUACGUUGAGGAAGAGAGAAGCAGUGGCUCAGCUGCUUCGGUGGCGGUGGUGGACGGUGAAAAGCUAGCUAUGGCGAGUAUCGGCGACCAUAGAGUGGUGGUUUGCAGAGACGGUGAGGCUUAUCAACUCAGAGCUAAAUCCUCAACAAGAAAAUGGUCGGAUUUUGUUUUCCCAGUUUGUUAUCAAGGAGAGACAGAUGAUGAAUCAGAUUCAAGAGAUUUAGAGCUUGCUUUGGUUACAGAGAAGAUUAGUUCAGAUACAGAGUUCAUCAUUAUUGGUAGCUCUGGGAUUUGGCAGGUGAUGAAAAAUCAAGAAGCUAUUAACCUAAUCAGACAUAUGGAAGAUCCUCAAGAAGCUGCAAAAUGUUUAGCCAACGAAGCUUUAAACAGGAUUAGCAAAAGCGAAAUUUCUUGUAUCGUAAUUAGGUUUACAUAAACCGGUUUUAACCGGAUAUUCAGUAAAUAUGUAAAUUAAAACCGAACCGUUGUCUUUUUAUGACAAAGAAUCAAAAUCAGUAGCCAAUAGAGUUGCGGCGGUCAUAACAUUUACUUGAAACUCUCUCAACGUUCGAC